UGUGACUCGCAUUGUGCGACGGCAGACGAUGGGCUCGUGCGAGGUAGGCGCGGCCUCGCGGCGUGUGCUGUCGUUUGCGGUGGACUCGGGCAUGUUUGCAUCCAAGGAGACCAAUCAUCGGACGGUGGACGAUGCUGGGAGGACGUCGUGCGGAAUGGUGCCUCGACUGAUGAUGGCAGCUCUGCUUGCUUGCCCUGAUGUCAUUUGCAGGGUUGUCGUCUGUGAUCUUGUGGUGGAGGAGGUUCAGAACUGGGAAGGCAAUCCGGAUCCGUUUGUCCAGGAUGCUGAUGAACUCGCUCGUCUCAUGGUGGCUCAUCCGCCGCCGGAUGGCCUCCCGCUGCCGAGUGCUGACGAGGAGUUGGACAAUGUGGCCGGGACCCAGCUGAUGCAGAGCCAUGGCGCGACAGUUAUUCAAGUGGUUCCAUCAGUCUCGCUCGAUGGGCUGCACGCACGCGCCGACGCCGUUCGCGCUGCACACAGCCACGAGUGGACCCAGCGACAGCAGCGGAUCCUCUACACCAACGGCGCGUUUUGCGCCAACGAUGCCCGCAUCGUCGAGACUGCACACUCGCUAAACCUCCCGCUCCUCACCAUCAACAAGCGGAUGACAACUCAGACCAAUCCCGGCCGCAACGCGUUGCGCUGGCAUCUGUGGCAAGACAAGCCCCGACCGCUGCGUCUAGUUGUCCUUGACAACCAGCACAUCGAUAGCGUGCCUGCCCUGGUGACUGCGCUUGUCGCCGCUGGCGCUGCCGGUCCCGCCGCCGCCGCGUCGCUGUUGCCUCUCCCGGAUCCCACCGACUAUGUCCGCUCACUCCGGGCGAGCCGGGCCGAUGCCAAAACCUACGCCGACGUACAUUUACUCACCACCGCCAAUGCUGAGCUUCUUGCUCAAGCUCGUGCUGCCGCCACCGCGGACUUAUUGGAUGCAAUCAUCGGCAACUUGCCAGAGGCCGCGCGCUCGCUGCGAUCGACCCGCACUGUGCUGCACACCUUUACCGACACCGCUCUCGCCGCCGUGCCCGGCCUGGCGCCGCAGGCCUCACUCCAACGGAUCCUUGGCCCUGAUCAGGCCCGGCUUCUCAUCAAGCAGCUCAUCGAUGUUCUCCGUCUCGCCGUCGUCGCCGCUCUCCGCGAUUGAGAUGAUCGCACGACGGCCAAGCGACAGCAUCGUCAUGGAGUAAAGGACUGGAU